AUGAAUAUGUUGGAUGAUGAAGAUGACCAAAGCUUUCACGCUACGCGUGAAGGCUACUCCCAUUUGAGCGAUGUCGAAUGGGAUGCGGUUGAACGGAUGGGUUCAACCAUGGGCAUCCAUGAUGUUAGCGUCAUGCUAGAGGCUCUCAAUAGAGAUGCCCAACAUGCUACUAUCGCCAAGUUCAUUCAAAAUGAACUUGACGCAGAACGCGAGAAAGUAGCCUUGCUUCACCAACAAGGUUCUCAACAAGCAGAGUUGUUGAGAGAACAGGGUGCUCAACAGUUUGAACUGUUGAGACAGCAGCAGGCUGCUGCUGGUGUGUCGAUGCACUCGCGUCGACCCGAGACCUUGAAGAUUGACAUCUCCAAGGCGCGUCGCAUCGACGACGGGGAUAUGCAAGUUGCAUUUGCCCAGUCAAAUCUGGCAGGACGUGCCAAGACUUGGGCACUGGGGCUCAAGCUGCACGACCCAUAUGCGUUUGGGUCGUUGGAAGUCUUCAAGUCGCGGCUUAGACAAACGUUUGAACCGCCUAGAGCUGAGUUCAGAGCUCGAACUGAACUCUUGAAGAUCAAGCAGGGUAAGCGUGAUGUGCACGCUUACGCGCAACAUAUACGACAUCUCACGAGUUGUAUAAGCUCUAACCCGGUGGAUGAACACACGUUGGUUUCGGUGUUCAUGCAGGGUCUUGCGGAUGGUCCCGUCAAGACUCACCUGUUCCGAAUUGAACUAGAUUCACUAGAGUAA